AUGUGCCGGGUUAUGAACAUCCUGUUGGCUCUUCUGAGUCGCUUCCUGUUUGCGGUGCAUGGCAUUCUGACGGUGUGGCGUGUGGUGGAGGUGACAGGCCAGCCCUGCUAUUGGCUGCUGCUGACGGGUGUGGCACUGCUGGGGGUGGAGAUGGCCAUCACUAUCAAAUACACACGCAACGCUGAAUGGAAAUGGUUCUCACCUAUGGUGUUUCUAUAUCUGAGCACUGUGAUUCCCUCGGUCUGGUUCCUGGAACUGAACCUCCUACAAUCCAAUCUGCCCGUCAACUCGAGCACAAACUCUGACCAACAAUUCUUCUCCCGGAUCCCGCUAACAAUGGGAUUGGCAGAACUUGAUCCUGAGAACUGGGUGGAGGCUCUGGAGCAGACCAUGUUGAUUGUUUUGGUUCUGGGCCGCUGGCUGAUGCCGAAGGGCGACAUGUCACGUGACCAGCUAUCCCAGCUCCUCAUGGUUUACGUGGGGCUUGGAGCUGAUAUCCUGGACAUCUUUGACACGUUUAAGGAGCCACAAGUGAAGACCAAGCAGGCCGUGAUCAUUGUUGGACUAAGUUUGUUCUCGUGGGCCUUGAUGCAAUUUCCUCUUGUUCUUACCCAAACCAGCCAUCCCAAGCUCCAGGUGGAGGAUCAGUCAGAGACCGCCCAGCCUGGGCGAGCUGGCUGGACCGUUUCCUGUUGCUCUAGUGAAGUCUGGAGCCUUCUGCUAACGGUGGGUCUGCAGGAUGGACCAUUCCUGAUUUACCGUCUGUACCUCAUGAUACGUGAGAAUGUUCUGAACCAGCUGAUGAUCUUCUUCACAUGCAAGAACAUUCUCAUUGUUUUGCUGGAGGUCUACAGGAUCUGUGUUGUCCACUUUGAGCAGAGCAAUCCAGGGAGCAGAACUGAGUCAUGUGACCCUUCUCAUGAACACUCAGAAUGGACUGAUGGAAUCCAGCUGUCUGGAAUAGAUUAGAUUUACACUUACUGAAAAUACUAUCUAUCUAUCUGGCUGUCUACUGUAUCUAUCAGUUUGUCUGUCUUUCUGCAUAUCUAUCUUUCCUCUUUCUAUCUGUCUAUCAGUCUGUCUGUCUAUCUAUCUUUCCUCUGUCUAUCUGUCUGUCUGUCUUUAUCUAUCAGUCUGUCUUUCUGCAUAUCUAUCUUUCCUCUUUCUCUCUGUCUGUCUUUAUCUAUCAGUCUGUAUAUCUUUCUUUCCUCUGUCUGUCUGUCUGUCUAUCUAUCGGUCUGUCUGUAUAUCUAUCUUUCCUCUGUCUAGCUGUCUGUCUGUCUUUAUCUAUCAGUCUGUCUGUCUUUCUGUAUUUCUUUCUUUACUCUGUCUGUCUGUCUGUCUGUCUAUCUAUCGGUCUGUCUGUCUGUAUCUAUCAGUCUGUCUGUAUAUCUAUCUUUCCUCUGUCUAGCUGUCUGUCUGUCU